CAUAGCUGCAUAGCAAAGACUCCCUGACACAGUGCUCCAUCUGCAGCCAUGGUCUCCAUCAAAGAAGAGUUCCAGUCAAUGAACUUCAGCAUCUAUGCUCAAUGGCUCGGCAUUCUGAGCAUCAUCUUCAAUCUCGCAUUCGGCAUUGGCAACAUCUUCACCUCCGUCAUCAUCUUUGGCAUCAUCGCCAUUGUCUUUGGCGUCAUCCUACUCUUCGUUGAGAUCCCGUUCCUCUUACGAAUCUGCCCGACGAAUCAACAAUUCGAUGAAGCCGUGCGCAAGUGCAACAACAACUACCCGCGUGCAGCCUUAUACAUUGUCCUUGCUGCCGUUCAGUGGUUGUCGCUGAUUAUCCGUGCUAGCAGUUUGAUUGCAGCAGCCGUUAUUAUGACCUUGACGGCAUUCUGCUAUGCUUUUGCAGGUAUCAAGAGUCAAGAAUUCACGCAGAGCAAGACAUUGGGUGGCCAGGGACUUGUAUCGAUGGUCGUGUAA